GGCCCCGGGCAUAAAAAGGCCAGGCCGCAGAGCCGAGCGCAGCCGCCAGCCCGGACCCCGCGCCCGCACCAUGGCCGGCCCCAGCCUCGCCUGCUGCCUGCUCGGCCUCCUGGCUCUGACCUCCGCCUGCUACAUCCAGAACUGCCCGCUGGGAGGCAAGAGGGCCGCGCUGGACCUCGACGUGCGCAAGUGCCUCCCCUGCGGCCCCGGGGGCAAAGGGCGCUGCUUCGGGCCCAGCAUCUGCUGCGGGGACGAGCUGGGCUGCUUCGUGGGCACGGCCGNGGCAGCUAGAGGGCCCCCACGGCCUGUCCACAGGGGCUUAUGA